AUGGACAAUUAUAACUCAAAUUCGAUACCAGGUUUUGAUGACAAGUGGUUUAAUAAGAAACUAUUUGAUACUGAAAAUCAAAGAUUACUAGUUCAAGGGUAUUAUAGCGAAGGAAAAACAGAAGACUCUUUUCAAGUUGUUAAUGCUUUUAUACAUGCUCCCGAUCCAUACCGAACUUGUCAAGAUACAUCAAGUAGUAAAGAAAUCCCAUAUUGCCCUUAUAGACAAUUUCCUUUUUAUGUUAGAGAUGGUGACAGAUGUUUGCAUCAAAAGUGUUGUAUCCCUUUGGGUGUUUGUUUAACAGUCGUCAAGCCAGUAUGCAUAAAUGGUUAUAAUUUAACUUAUUAUAGGGGUGAAACCAAUGGUUGUUUAAAAUACUAUUGUGAUUUCUAUUUACUGGAUGAAAUAAAAUCAAAAUAUUAA